AAAACGCAAAGAAGCAGCCAUUUCUGCGUACCGUGAGUCUACAGUUUUUGUGCUGUGUAUUUAAUUAUUCGUCAUUUUAGUACAGUAAGAUGAACUCAUUUUAAUAGUAUCUUUUCACUAUUUAUAAUUAUUAAUAAUAGUCAAUAUGGCUAUUUCAUCUGAAAUUUCGAGAUUUUUUAGUCUCUACGUGACUCAUGUGGAUUGUGAGGGACAUUUUCUGAAAAUAAGUGGGCAGCUUGAUAGGCAACCAGCAUUGAUGUUAAAAUCUCUAUUUGAGAGCGUCUGUGAUAGUCUUGAUAGAGGGAUUGGAGUGCUUUCCCUGGCAGCCCUUCGAGAGGGCAUUGUAUGCGCAGUGAAGUACAGAGACGGUGUUUACUAUAGAGCAAAAAUCAUUAACACGGACAAGUUAGCUACAGGUGUCGUUGGUGUACAUUUUAUCGAUUAUGGUAACAAAGAAGACAUUUCUACACAUACCAUCAGAUUUCUGGAUAGUUAUGAUGCAAUAUUUUUGCAAAUGCCUGGUCAAGCUACUGAUUAUUAUCUUUCAAGAAUUAUGCAUCCUUCAGGAAAAUGGGAGGAAUCAUUUAUCCAUAAACUUCAAAAUUUACUCUGUUAUAAUGAAUAUCCAGUUACAAUUGAUAUACAAACUCGCGCACUGUCUAUUAUUUCGGUUCAGUUCAAGGGUACUGAUUUAUCUACAUACCUUGUAAGAAAUAGAUCAGGUAUUUCUAUUCCAUUAAAUAAUCAGGAGGUGUCACUUUUACAAAUGUCUGUUUAUAAUCAAGUAUCAAAUUGGCAGCAAGCUUCCUUUGGAAAUGAACUACCUGCAUAUACUGAACAUAUACCAUUUUUAACAAAUGAAAACCUUCCUAUUAAUCCUGCAUCACCAAUUUAUUUGCAACAAAAUCUUGCAAUUCCAUUCAAUGUCCCUGUACUAUCUCCUUCAAUGAUCAGUCAAAGAUAUAUGGUUAACCAACUACUAAGGAAUUCUGGAAAUCUUAUACCUUUAUACCAAUCUCAACAUGGGGCACCAGUGGCAACACCAUCGGCAGCACCGACAGUAGAACCGAUGGCAGGACCGUCGGCAGCACCGAUGGCAGGACCGUCGUCAGCACCGACAGCAAGACCGUCGUCAGAACCGACAGCAGGACCGUCGUCAGCACCGACAGCAGGACCGUCGUCAGCACCGACGGCAGGACCGUCGUCAGCAACGACGGCAGGACCGUCGUCAGCACCGACGGCAGGACCGUCGUCAGCACCGACGGCAGGACCGUCGUCAGCACCAACAGCAGGACCGUCGUCAGCACCGACAGCAGGACCGUCGUCAGCACCACAUGAUCUUACAGAUGACAACUCACUUUCCCCAAAGAAAUCCACUGCAUACAAAACCACUUUCCAGGAAAUCAACUCUCGACACAGAGUUUGUGUAACAUAUGCUGAAGAAGGACCUGAGCUUUUUACAGUGCAGUUUGUUCAAAAUGCAGACAAAUUCGAAAAAAUGAUGGAAGAUAUAAAUGAUCUGCCACACAAUAGUCUUACAGAACCACCGAUGAUUGGUACAGCAUGCCUCGCUAGGAUACCUGAGGACAGGAUAAUUUGUCGAGCAAUUGUUAUGAAUUUAUCGGGGUCUCAAUGCAAACUCUGUUUUGUUGAUUUUGGUGAUAUUGAAAUGGUGUCUUAUUACGAUAUAUUUGAUAUCCCUGAAGAGUUUGUAAAGCUUAAUGUUUUUGGCACUAGGUUCUGUUUAUCUGGACUGAAAAGGUUAGAGAGGAGUCCACAGCUCACUGAUACUUUCAAACAAUUAGUGACGGGGAACAUACUUACAUUGCAAGUUGUGGAACCCGAAGGUCCUCCAUUGAUUCAAUAUGUAGAGUUGUAUUUGGAUAAUAAGAAUGUUCUAGAUCUUUUAAUACAAAACAUGAAAGAUAAAUUUCCAUUCAAGCGUAUGAAUAUGCUGUCUUUAAGAUCAAAAAAAUCGGUCAUAGUGUCAUAUGUGGACAGUUGUAUAAAGUUUUAUAUCCACUUGUCAGACAUGCUUACUGUCCUGAAUGAAAUAAAGAAUACAGUGAGAGAACACUGUGAGAACAGUUCUUCACCUGGAGAGUUGCCUGUGGGUGCUGCUUGCUGUGCAAGAUUUCCUUAUGAUGACAAUUGGUAUAGAGCAAGAAUCACAAAUAAAAGGGGAAGCAAAGUGAUAGUGGCAUAUGUAGACUACGGUAAUGAACAAGAAGUUAAUAUAUCAGAUCUCAGAACUAUUACUCCAGACCUCAUGAGAACACCUGCACAGGCUAUAAAAUGUGCACUGAAGGGCUUCUUGAAAAAACCAAAUGAGAGAAAGACAUCACAAUUGUUCGAAAAUCUGGUUCUGGAAAAGACUUUGAUGGCUCAAAUUGUUGGUGUACUAUCUGGUGACACCAUAAUAGUUUCUCUUUUUGAUGAAACUGUUACUCCGCCACUAGAUGUGGCAAAGAAGGUGACUCAACUUUCAAAAGCACGCGGCAGCAAUGAGGCAAGAGUGACUACUCCAAGUCGUUAUGAAGCACCUGACACCUUCAGCUCUCGAAGAAACGAGGAGUUUGCAGAAGGAGCCGGCAGCUCUCGUGCCGGGCGUGAAGAAAAUCCAUGGGAUAUGGCAGAUAACGCCGCGACAGCGUCUGUAUCGACUCCUGACUAUAAUUGGCCGGAUAUCCCAUCUCAGUCCACCUUCCAACCGCCUCUCAGUCGACCAUAUUACCGUGAUAAUAAUAGGAACAGUGAUGUUGGCUUUGACCAAUAUGAAGAUAUCAGAAGUGAUGACUGGGGAAAUAGAAACAGGGAGAAUAGUUCAGACCGUAGGGAAUUCCGGGGUGAGAGAAGAGUCUAUUGGGAAGACCAAAAUGAAAAUUGGAAUCCUAGGAGGGAAUUCGGUGAAAACAGACAACAGGGCGACAUGACACGAAGUAACUUCACACAAAGAGAACGCGUAGAGCGCUCCUUGAAUUCUGAGUUUGAAAGGCGUUACCGUUCUCAGGAAAGCGGCCGACGAGAGCGAUACGGUGAUGCUCCGGCUUACAAUACUCGAACCAAUUUAAAUAGAAUACUAUAUAGAGAGUUACAAGAUCCAAUUCCCUUAGAGACUCGCUUUAUUGAACCACCAGUCGAAGUUGGUGCCCAAUGCGACGUAUCAAUUUCAUGGAUAAUAUCUCCGGAAAAUUUUUACGUAGAAUUAUUAUCUCUAAAACCGAAAUUCAUCGAAAUGAUGCAUAAAAUACCUGGAUGGUAUAAAGGUGUGAAAUGUUAUACUGGAGUACUGCCCGUGGGAGCAUCAGUGUUGGCGCGGUACCCUACUGACGGAGUGUUGUAUCGUGCUACUGUGCUUGCUGUCCAGUCGCCCUCACAAUUUAUAGUUAAAUAUGUAGAUUUCGGAAAUAAGCAUUUGGUGGAGGCAAAAGAUAUAUGGCAAUUGAAUAGACAGUUAAUGGAGCUCCCUAAGAUAGCUGUUCAUUGUUCUCUAUUGGGGGUUUCACCAAAGGACGGGGCAUGGAAGGCGAGCCCAGAGUUAGAUCACUGUUUCAGUGCAUCUCGAUAUCAGUGUGUGUUCCAAGACUGCUUAGAGGACCAACAGUACAUUGUAACUCUUUGGAACAAUGGCGCUAGCGUUGCAGAUACGCUCGUCGAGAAAAGUCUGGCUGCAUUGUCUGAACAUCAGUCACCUGUUACUUUGAGAGAUGAAAUCAUCGAUCUGUCAAUUAUCGUGGGGCAACAAAUUUUAUGCAAAGUCACCCACGUGGAGUCAUUCGAAAAAUUCUACGUCCAACUAGAUUUAGACAAAGCAGCUCUAGUAGAGAGUGCCAUCAAUAACUUGGAUGAGUCAAAAUUUACUCCAUUAUCAGCGGGCAUCAUCGAGGAAGGCAUUCAUUGCACAUUGAAAUACGAAGGCAAGAUAUACCGCGCUAUUCUCCGUGAUAUAGCAGAUACGGCUAACAUAAAAGCUGAAUUGCCUGAUUAUGGAAAUAAUGUGACUACAACUUUGGAAAACCUUAUGAUAUUGCCAAGUGAGCUGCGUGUAUACUACUACCAAUCACUGGAAUGCAAAUUAAACAACCUCACAACAGAGUCUAAGAUGCUACUAUCACUUGAUGAACUUAAGGAACGUCUCACAGCUAAAAAAUAUAUUAUAUACAUCAAUGAUUUACAGGACAUCAGUUUGGUAUCAACACUAUACGACAGUGUGACUGGCCAGAAAGUGGCCAUAUUUGAGCCAGAUGAAGGUGCAUAUAAUGAAGUGGUCCAGCUCUGUACGACAUCUGUUUUUAAUGACAAUUUUGGACUGGCAUACAUAUCUCAUUUCGAAAAUCUAAACGAAUUUUACCUUCAAAAGUCUGCUGAUCGUAACAAGAUAGCACUGUUACUGACUGAUCUAUACAAAUUUUAUGAAGAAGGAACUCCAGAAGAUCUUACAAGCUUUGAAGUGGACGGAUUAUGUGCUAUUAAAUUUAAAGACGGGAACUGGUAUCGCGCAAUCAUUAUCAGUGUUGAAGAAAAUGAUCUCCGAGUUCAAUUUCCAGAUUAUGGAAACAGUGAAACAGUACCUAAAACAGGUGUCAAAAAACUUGACAGUAAAUUCUAUGAACCUUGUGCACUUGCCCUUGUUGCUAGUUUAGAUCUUGUUGCCCUUCAAGAAGACGCAUUAGCCAAACUAACAGAAUGGACCAAUGAAAAAGAGGUUCAAGUCACUUUAUCUUUCGGUAACAAUGGUUGGCUUGCAAGCUUACAGUUAGAUGGUACAGACUUAUCUAUGAAACUUGUGAAUGAACAAUUAGCCACUCAACAAAUAAUAUCCAACGAUGAACCAAAAAUUGAUGCUACAGGAGAAGAACAAAUUUCAUUACCACUUGGCUGUAAUCAAGUGUAUAUUAGUCACAUUGAUACACCAGGGCAAUUCUGGCUACAGAUGAUUGAUAAAAUUGACAAAAUAAAAGAAAUUCAAGCUGAACUUCAGAGUAAUGCAGCAACAUAUACGGAUAUCGAAAGUCGUGAACUGGGCACUUUGUGUGUAGCGAAAUAUUUAGCUGACGACCAGUGGUACCGCGCCGAAAUACUUUACUCUGAUUCUGAUACCACUACUGUACGGUUUAUUGACUAUGGUAAUACAGAUGUAUUGGGCAACCAACCUGGUUUAAUAAAAGUUAUACCAGAUAAACUGAAAGAUAUUGAGUGUUACGCUGUUAAAGCAAGUGUUAAUGCUGUACCAACUGGCAUGAGACAGUGGUCUGAGCUUGCAUCAGGGUACUUCAUUCAACUUGUUGGUGAUAUAUCAUCCCCUGUAGAUGCUCUAAUAGUCAUGAAAGAUAUCACUACUUAUGUUGACUUAAUUGUUAAUGGUAUCAAUAUUACCGAUAAGUUAGUAUCUGAAGGGUACGCCAUGAGGCUUGAGAAAACAGAAAAAAAUGUUUUAAAUGACAUACCAGCAGAGGAGCUAGUUAGUGAGAGCACUUUUGAAACAGAUCUGGAUGAAAGUAUUAGUAGCACUGAGACAGUUAUAGGGAAUAAGUGUUUUGAAGGUAUUAUUGACGUUUUAAAUGACGACGUAGCUAUUGAGACAAGUGGAGCGAAAGAAUCAGAUUCUACAGAGAAUUCGCCAGAUAAGAACAUUUCAUCAGAAAAUCUGGAGAAAAAAAAUUAAACACAAAGUCUAGCGAACACUCCACUUAAAAAUGUUUCCACAGAUACACUGUGAAAUUUAUCAGAAAAGAUACAUAUUCAGAAACUACAGACAAAAAAACUAUCUAUUCUCCUGAACGUGAUGAAUCGAAAGAUUACAUUAAUACAGAUAUAGGUUAUACCAGUGAUGAUAAUCAUGCUAAACUGUCAUCCUCUGCAAGUUACUGCUGCUAAGGAAUCAUCAUGAUGGAAUCAACGACUAAAGAUCUAGUUGCAGUUACAAAGAAUAAAUCAGACAGUGUUCAAGGUGAAUAAUUAAAUUUGUAAAAUUUAAUUAAUUCCGUAUAAUAUGAUCUCAUAUAUCUCACUACGAGACAAAUUUACUUAUACUACACUUGACUUACGUACAUUUGCAUAAAUAAUUUUAUUAGUUUAACUAAACUUAGUUUUUAGAUUGUAAGACUAGUAUACAGUAAGUUGGAAAACUAAUUGACUGAUAUAUUAUAAUAUUGUAGUUUUUACGUUCACCUAUUUUUUUUACAUCAUUGUAUUUGAAAUAUGUCUCAUGUACUUUUGUCUGUCACUAAUUUGUGAUUUAUAAAUACUAUUUUUUAUAAUUUUUUAUUCUUGUUACACAAGAAAUUUUGUUAUUUUUAUUUUGUUAUAUCUCUAUAAUUUAUUCUAUAUAAUUUAAUAAGUCGCAUACAUUUAAAAUGGACAAUUUAGAAAACCUAUAGAUACUCAUUUUCAUGUCAUAUAUAUUGAUGUCGUAAGUACUAACUACUCAUACAACUGACUGUUUUGACUGCAAUGUGAGUAGUUUUAUAGUACUCCCAAAAUUGAUUUAGUAAUAAGAACUCGGGAAUUCCUAAUAAUGUAGUAAUUUUUUUAUUAAUAUAAUUUGUAUCGAUGUCUUAAGUACUAACUACUCUUACAACUGACUGUUUUGACUGCAAUGUGAGUAGUUUUAUAAUACUCUGAAAAUUUAUUUAGUAAUAAGAACUCUGGGAUUUCUUAUAAUUUAGUCAUUUUUUUAUAAAUAUAAUUAGUAUCUAUGUCUUAAGUACUAACUACUCAUACAACUUACUGUUUUGACUGCAAUGUGGGUAGUUUUAUAAUACUCUCAAAAUUGAAUUUAGUACUAAGAACUCUGGGAUUUUUAAUAAUAUGGUCUACUUUUUAUGAUAAUAAUAUGUAUCAAUGUCUUAAGUACUAACUACUCUUACAACUGACUGUUUUGACUGCAAUGUCAGUAGUUUUAUAAUACUCUGAAAAUUGAUUUAGUAAUAAGAACUCUGGGAUUUCUUAUAAUUUAGUCAUUUUUUUAUGAAUAUAAUUAGUAUCUAUGUCUUAAGUACUAACUACUCAUACAACUUACUGUUUUGACUGCAAUGUGGGUAGUUUUAUAAUACUCUCAAAAUUGAAUUUAGUACUAAGAACUCUGGGAUUUUUAAUAAUAUGGUCUACUUUUUAUGAUAAUAAUAUGUAUCGAUGUCGUAAGUACUAACUACUCAUACAACUUAUUGUUUUGACUGCAAUGUGAGUAGUUUUAUAAUACUCCCAAAAUUGAAUUUAGGAAUAAGAAAAAUAACUCUGGAAUUUUUAAUAAUAUGGUCUAAGUUUUAUGAUAAUGAUAUGUAUCGAUGUCUUAAGUACUAACUACUCUUACAACUGACUGUUUUGACUGCAAUGUGAGUAGUUUUAUAAUACUCUGAAAAUUGAUUUAGUAAUAAGAACUCUGGUAUUUCUUAUAAUUUAGUCAUUUUUUUAUGAAUAUAAUUAGUAUCUAUGUCUUAAGUACUAACUACUCAUACAACUUACUGUUUUGACUGCAAUGUGGGUAGUUUUAUAAUACUCUCAAAAUUGAAUUUAGUACUAUGAACUCUGGGAUUUUUAAUAAUAUGGUCUACUUUUUAUGAUAAUAAUAUGUAUCGAUGUCGUAAGUACUAACUACUCAUACAACUUACUGUUUUGACUGCAAUGUGAGUAGUUUUAUAAUACUCCCAAAAUUGAAUUUAGUAAUAAGAAAAAUAACUCUGGGAUUUUUAAUAAUAUGGUCUAAGUUUUAUGAUAAUGAUAUGUAUCGAUGUCGUAAGUACUAACUACUCAUACAACUUACUGUUUUGACUGCAAUGUGAGUAGUUUUAUAAUACUCCCAAAAUUGAAUUUAGUAAUAAGAAAAAUAACUCCGGAAUUUUUAAUAAUAUGGUCUACUUUUAAUGAUAGUAAUAUGUAUCAAUGUCGUAAGUACUAACUACUCAUACAACUGACUAUUUUGACUGCAAUGUCAGUAGUUUUAUAAUACUCCCAAAAUUGAAUUUAGUAAUAAGAAAAAUAACUCUGGGCUUUUUAAUAAUAUGGUCUACUUUUUAUGAUAAUAAUAUGUAUCGAUGUCGUAAGUACUAACUACUCAUACAACUGACUGUUUUGACUGCAAUGUGAGUAGUUUUAUAAUACUCCCAAAAUUGAAUUUAGUAAUAAGAAAAAUAACU